AUGGGUAAUGUUGAAACUGUUCUUUCCAGUAGCAUUGCUGCUGUGUCUUUUGCAGCUCUCGUUGUUGCUGGAACUAUGUGGUAUGGUUCAACAACCACCCCAAUCGAAUUAUUUGGCACUACUCGUUAUCAGUGGAUCAGUGAUAUUUUCAGCAAGAAAUAUAUCGAAGAGUCAGUGCUGGAUUAGCAAAAAAUCCGAGUUUAUGGACGAAAAUUCCAGAAAAAUUAGCUUUUUAUGAUUACAUUGGUAAGAAUCUGGCAAAAAGAGGAUUAUUCCGAGCGGGCUCAAUGGACAAUGGGAAUGGAAUAGCUAUUGGAUGGUUAGGACACCCUAUUUUUGGAGAUAAAGAAGGACGCGAGCUCUUAGUACGUCGUAUGCCUACUUCUUUUGAAACAUUUCCGGUAGUUUUGGUAGAUGGGGAUGGAAUUGUUAGAGCCGAUGUUCCUUUCACAAGGGCAGAAUCCAAGUAUAGUGUCGAUCAAGUAGAUAACUGUUGA